CUGUGGCGGCAGAAAGCAGGCCGAUCUUCAGCAGCUGUACCUCACUGCCCUUCCAGCAGCAUCUCACCUUCAACCGGCCGGACGCGCAAACGAGACGAACCCGAACCGGAGCUCCAGAACAAAACACCAGAACGCAAUCAGCACCAGAAGAAGACUCAUCCCAUAAUGUAGGGGGUCGUCCUGCGCUUUUUCAACAUCUAAUCUAGAGCCUGCCCGCCUCACUGCGACACGGAAACAACAUCCAGCUGCGCAUACAUUCAUUCCAGCCUCCCUCAGAUCGCAAGGACAAAAAAAUCUCCUCUGAGGCGUUUUACGCGUCAAAGGACGGAAAGAAUCUGCGCGCAUCUCGUCUCCAGAUCGGGCCUCAGCCUCUCAGCCUCCAGCAGCACCUUCCUCCUCCUCCUCCUCCUCCUCCAAUCUGCGCCAUGGCCGACGUCCCAGCGGAGUGCAACAUCAAGGUGCUGUGUCGCUUUCGUCCCCUGAACCAGUCGGAGAUCCUCCGCGGGGACCAGUUCGUGCCCAAGUUCCAGGGAGACGACACGGUGCUGGUCGGGGGGAAGUCCUACAUGUUUGACCGAGUGUUUCCCACCAACACCACCCAGGAGCAAGUCUACAACACCUGCGCCAAGCAGAUUGUCAAAGAUGUGCUGUGUGGAUACAAUGGCACUAUCUUCGCUUACGGACAAACCUCCUCCGGGAAGACUCACACCAUGGAGGGCAAACUCCACGACCCUCACCAGAUGGGCAUCAUCCCUCGCAUCGCUGAGGACAUCUUCAACCACAUCUUUGCCAUGGAUGAAAACCUGGAGUUCCACAUCAAGGUUUCCUACUUUGAAAUCUACAUGGACAAAAUCCGUGAUCUUCUGGAUGUGACUAAGACCAACCUGUCCGUCCACGAGGACAAGAACAGGGUGCCGUAUGUGAAGGGAUGCACCGAGCGCUUCGUCUCCAGCCCAGAUGAAGUCAUGGACGUGAUCGAUGAGGGAAAGUCCAACCGCCACGUCGCUGUGACCAACAUGAACGAGCACAGCUCUCGCAGCCACAGCAUCUUCCUGAUCAACAUCAAGCAGGAGCACGUGGAGACGGAGCAGAAGCUGUGUGGAAAGCUCUACCUGGUGGACCUGGCUGGCAGCGAGAAGGUGAGUAAGACCGGAGCUGCAGGAGCCGUCCUGGAUGAGGCUAAAAACAUCAACAAGUCUCUUUCUGCUCUGGGAAACGUCAUCUCUGCCCUGGCAGAGGGAACGAAAAGCCACGUUCCGUACCGUGACAGCAAAAUGACCCGCAUCCUGCAGGACUCGCUGGGAGGAAACUGUCGCACCACCAUGUUCAUCUGCUGCUCCCCCUCCAGCUACAACGACGCCGAGACCAAGUCCACGCUGAUGUUCGGACAACGAGCCAAGACCAUCAGGAACACCGCCUCCAUCAACCUGGAGCUGACGGCCGAGCAGUGGAAGAGGAAGUACGAGAAGGAGAAGGAGAAGAACAAGAGUCUGAAGGACACCAUUCAGAAGCUGGAGACUGAGCUGAACCGCUGGAGGAACGGAGAGGACGUCCCUGAGACGGAGCAGACCACUGCAGACAUGGUGACCCGGAUCGAGUCGGUGGAGGACCGUCCCAUCCUGGACAACGACACGUCCUCCAUCGUGGUCCGCAUCUCUGAGGAGGAGCGGCAGAAGUACGAGGAGGAGAUCCGCAAGCUGUACAAGCAGCUGGAUGACAAGGACGAUGAGAUCAACCUUCAGUGCCAGUUGGUGGAGAAACUGAAGCAGCAGAUGUUGGACCAGGAUGAGCUCCUGGCCUCGUCCCGUGGUGACGGCGAUAAGGUCCAGGCUGAACUGGGCCGGCUGCAGGUGGAGAGCGACUGCGCCAAGGCCGAGGUGAAGGAGGUGCUGCAGGCCCUGGAGGAGCUGGCCAUCAACUACGACCAGAAGAGCCAGGAGGUGGAGGAGAAGGGCCUGCAGAACCAGCUGCUGGCCGACCAGCUGGCCCAGAAAAUGGCCAGUCUGAUGGAGCUGGAAGCAGAACUGUCUCGUAUGCAGGAAGUGAGCGGUCAGCAGAGGAAACGCAUCGCCGACGUCCUCAACGGGCUGAUGAGGGACCUCAGCGAGUUCAGCACCAUCGUGGGCAACGGGGAGAUCAAGCUGCCGGUGGAGAUCAGCGGUGCCAUCGAGGAGGAGUUCACCGUGGCUCGCCUCUACAUCAGUAAGAUCAAGUCGGAGGUGAAGAGCAUGGUGAAGCGCUGCCGGCAGCUGGAGAACAUGCAGCUGGAAUGCCACCGCAAGAUGGAGGAGACGGGCAGGGAGCUGUCCUCCUGCCAGCUGCUCAUCUCCCAGCAUGAGGCGAAGAUCCGCUCUCUGACAGAGUACAUGCAGAGCGUGGAGCAGAAGAAGAGGCUGCUGGAGGAAAGCCACGACUCCCUGAGCGAGGAGCUGGCCAAGCUGCAGGACCAGGAUAACUCCAUCAUGGAGGAGAAGGAUGGAGAGAAGGGAGAGACCGAGGACGGAAAUGUGAAGAAAACGAUCCGUCAGCAGAGUGAGAAUCACCGCGGCCUCCAUCACAAGCAGCUGGCCCGCCUCCGGGACGAGAUCAACGAGAAGCAGAGGAUCAUCGAUGAACUCACCGAUCGUAACUCCAAGCUGGAGCUGGAACUUGCUCAGGUUCGUGCCGACUUUGAGCGUCUGAAGAGUCAGGACAGCACCAAGAGCGAACGCCUGGAGGAGCUGUCAUUCCUGCAUGAGCGCCAUGAGCAGACCAAACAGGACUUGAAAGGUCUGGAGGAGACCGUCGCCCGUGAACUCCAGACCCUCCACAACCUGCGCAAGCUGUUCGUUCAAGACCUCACGUCGCGGGUUAAAAAAAGUUCCGAAAUGGAACCUGAUGAUAGCGGGGGGUCUUGCACCCAGAAGCAGAAGAUUUCCUUUCUUGAGAAUAACCUGGACCAACUUACAAAGGUUCACAAACAGCUGGUUCGUGACAAUGCAGAUCUGCGCUGUGAGCUUCCAAAGCUGGAGAAACGUCUUCGGUCUACUGCUGAGAGAGUUAAGGCCCUGGAGACUGCACUGAGGGACGCCAAGGAGGGCGCCAUGAUGGACCGCCGCCGCUACCAGCAGGAGGUCGACCGCAUCAAAGACGCCAUGAGGGCCAAGAACGCCUUGAGGCGCCCCCAUGCAGCACAGAUCGCCAAACCAGUGAGACCAAAGCAGCUGCCGGUUUGCUCUCCCACCAACCCGUUCUACACCUACAUCCGAGCCACCGAACAUGCCAACACCUACAGCAACGCCCUGUUCCAGAGCAACAUGACGCAGCAGAGCUCCUCCAGUGCCAGCAGCAACCCCAACUCUGUCCAGAGCAACACAGUUUCCACAGCGCUGGGCUACAGAGCAGGAAGAUAUAACGGAGACAUACUGGAGUCGUAUCCUCUCAACAUCGACAACGGUAACAGCAUCAGUGAAACCAGAGACAUCAAUGAUAACAGGAGUGACGUUCACUGCGGCAGCGAGGUGGACGAUUCAAACAGGCACUACAUCAUUCAGCAGGAGACCGCUGCAAGUUAAUGCCAUGAAGACGACCAAACACUGUACCUGUCCGAGGACCCUCCCCUCCCAUCUGCAUGCAGCCCGUCCCCCCAUCCCUCCACCACCAUGAAGAUGAAGAUCUGUAGCCCUGUAGUCUUCUGAUUAGAUCAAGCCCCUCCUGCUCCUGUGGUGACCACUCUUGCCCUCAGGUUUGGAGUCCCGUCCCUUCCAGUUCCAUCGGUGCAGGAAGUCGAUUAAACCGUUUUUUUUUUUUUAAAUGACUGAGCACUAAAUCAACCCUCUGGUCCCUCGCUGUCACCGGAUCCUCCUGCUGUUGAUUACCCCCUGUGGUGUUUGAACUGAAACUGGACGGGCCCCAUUCCUGAUCACUCACAUGUUGUAAAUACUAGCGCCGUACGCUCCGCUAGAGGUUUUCUGACCAGCAACCGUCCCCAUCGCCUGCACACACCUCCUCCAGGACACCGUGUGGAUGACAUGCUACAGGCAGACGUGACCUUUUUCUCCGCCGUAAAUAAGAGCGUAACACCAGCUUGUAACAGAAGAUCUGUGUGCAUGUCGCUUAGCGGGUUAGCUUUCAAACCUUUGCAUGUGUCGUGAUUCCAGCGCGGAGAAGGUAUGCUGCCGCUGAAGUCUGAUGGACUUCGACAGAUGCCAGAGAGAGAAACCUGUUUCCCCUCGAUCCCGAUCCCGGUCUCAGCGCUUCGGAUCUUCUGUUUUAGAGCAGAUUUGAAUCCAGGACUGGGUUGUUGUGACAGGACAAACAAGCUCAACUUUUAGUUUAAUACAGGGGUGUCAAACUCAUUCAGGUUCCACAUUCAACCCAGUCUGAUCUCCAGUUAUCAGGACCAGUAAAAUCACAGCAUAAUAACCUAUAAAUAACCACAACUCCUAAUGGUUCCUUUGUCUUAGUGCAAAAAAGUUCAAAUUAAAUUAACUAUCUUUUUACAAAACAUCAUAAACAACCUGAAAUUUCUGAAGAAAAAUAAGUUCAAUUUCAACAACAUUCAGCCUCCGUUGAUCAAAACAAGGAAAGUCAGACAAAAAAAGACAAUAAACAGCAAAAAUAAGACAAAAUAUUACAAAAGAUGAGACAAACAAAACGAAACAAAACAAAAAAGAGACAAAAGAUCAGACGAAUUAGUUACAAAGCGACAAAAACAUGAGACAAAUGACAAAAGUCAGACAAAAAAGACAACUGAAAUGAGACAAAAUAUUACAAAAAUGAGACACUAAACAACAAAAGGACAAUCUAGUAUUUUACUUUAUGAUCUAAACAACUUGUCAUGGUCUAGAAAUGAUUUUAAAUUUAUAGUUUUACUAAUUUACAAUCUGCAGUUAAUGUCUUCUCUGGAAUUUUUACACUUUGAGGGCCGGAUUGAACCCUCUGGAGAACCACUUUUGGCCCACGGGCCUCAUGUUGGACACCCCUGUUUUAACAGACGAAGAGUCGUGCGAGGGAGUCCGGUCUGUACGGAGGAAUCAUUGUGAAGUUGCAGCUGUAAAUCAACGAUGCUCACAUUUAUUAACGUCCGUCUACUUACCAAGCCUUAACCAGAACUGAACUCUCCCAGUCAGACUAACAUCCAGCAUCUGUAAUUACUACCUCUAGAGCUGCUCAUUAGACGCCACUACUGCACUAUUCUAAUCCCAGAGUUUAUACUGAAAGCUUCGAGAAACUGUAAGUAGAUUUAAACGCUCCUAUCUCUGCUGUAGCUAUCUUCUCCUGCCAGUAUAUUCACCUCCUCUCUCUGUCGUGUUAUAAGAUCAGAGGAAACGGUGCUCGGGAGAGUUUCUUUAACCCUCCUGUUGUCUGCACCCAAAAAAUAUUGUUUCUUUGUCUGAAAAAAAAAUCCAAAAAUUGAGCAAAAAAAUUCCCCCAAUUUCUGAAAAUUUGCAAAACCUUCAGGAAGUUUCCCUUAAAAGUUUUAUAUAUAAAAAAAAAUAUCCCCCAAAUUUGGCAAGAAAAUUCUUGUAAAUAUUUUCAAAAAAUGAGUAAAAACUUCCAAAAAAAAUCCUAAAAAUAUCCACAGUGAUUCCAUAUAUAUCAGUAAAAUCUGUAAUAUUUUCUUUAAGAACAUUCACAUAAAAAUCAACCCAAAUCCAGUGAAAAUCACUGGAUUUGGGUUGAUUUUUUGGUGAAUGUUCUUAAGAAACAUUUUUAACUUUUCUUUUUUUCCACCAAAAAAUGUUCAAAGAUUUUCCAAAAAUGUUGAAAAUGUGGACAUCAGAAGUUUCACUGUGAAAAUAUUUUUUUCCCCACAUUUUCAAACUUUAAAAUGGGUCAAUUUUGACCCGCAGGACGACACGAAGUUUAAGAAGAAGAGUAACAGAAGGUUUUAAACUUUACGAGUGACGUUGUCUAUGUCUCAUAUUUUGGUUGUAAACAUAAUUAAAGUCAUAUUUAGGACUGUCAGGAUGAUAUUUGGUGGUUUUAGAGAGUUUUUAGAGGUGAGUUUCCAGCUGAGCAGCCACCAGUUUGGGAAACUAGUCGCCAGGUCGUGUUGCUGUUCUUCUGCUACGAAUCCUGACCAGCCAAUCAGGAUAGAGGAAAGCAGCACGACUUAGAUUGGAGAUGAAGGAAAAAUGAACUGAAUUAAAGGACGAAUGAGCAUUCAAGCAUGUAGCAAAACAAACAACAUUUACAAGCAAGAAAGAGUUCGUUUUAAAUUUCAUUUCAUUGCCUUUUGACCUGAUUGCAGUCACCUGGAACUGAACCAUAGAGGAUUUUACUUAAUGAUCAAAACGACAAAAGUCAGAAAAAAAGAGACAAAAUAUUACAAAAAUGAGAAACAAAAUGACAAAAAUGAGGCAAAUGACACAAAAUAAAAUUAGUAAAGAGACCAAAAAAAAUUGACAAACAAGUUACAAGGCAGCAAAAAAAAAGGAAAAAUGGAAAAAAUGACAAAAGCGAGAAACAAAAUGACAAAAAAAGUAGACAAACAACACAAGCCAGACAAAAAACCACAAAAGGACACAAACAAUACACAAAGCAACGAAUAAAGCAAAACACAAAAUGACAAAAAUAAGACAAAAAAACACAAGCGAGACAAAAAGGAAACACAAAAUGACAAAACAAUGAACAAUCUAGUAUUUUAGUUUCUGAUCCAAACAACUUGUCAUGGUCUAGAAAUGAUUUUAAAUUUAUAGUUUUACUAAUUUACAAUCUGCAGUUAAUGUCUUCUCUGGAAUUUUUCCACUUUGAGGGCCGGAUUGGACCCUCUGGAGGACCGCUUUUGGCCCGCGGGCCUCAUGUUGGACACCCCUGAUGUAAAGAACCAUCUCUUCCUGUCGCUCUCACUGGCAUUAACGGCAUCUCAGGGCUUCACAUUCACGCCUCCAUCGUCUUCCUCCUCUAACGUGGUGAUUUUUCCCAUCAGGUCAGUGUCUCCUUUUCAAGGCUCAGCAGAGGAAUAGAAAAUACAGAAAAUACUGUACAUAUACAACAUUUCCAUCCCACCACAUGGAACAACCCUGCAGACCCUCUACCUGACAUCCUGUUUUAAGUGUAAUAAACCUGAAUAUGGGGGGAGUGUGUACUAUAUCUGUCUGAUUUCAACAUAUCUUAAAAAAUACUUGUGCUCUAUAUUGUUAAUCUUGUAAGUACGAUAAUAGCAGCGUGAGAUGCAGAGAGAAAGGUGCACGCUGGCUUUGUUCAGAGACAUGUUUGUUUGAUUUCUUUCUGUAUGCCUAUACUGUAGCGUCAGACAUGAUUACUUCUGUAUAUAUCCUGUAGACUCAUCACUAUGCUGUACUGGAUGUGAACCACUGUGUUGUAGUAAAACCUUCAAUAAACUUAUAGAAAGGA